GCGAGGACUGUUUUCUUUCGUUAAAGAAAUGCGGUUGGAAGAAUUUGAAAAUUCAAAAAUGCGAAUAUUUCGCUAAAUUUGGAAACGCGGAAAUCUCGCAGUACUCCGAGGGCAAAUUCGUAAUUAAAAGCCCAGAAUAAAGGGGCAUUUUGGUCAUAAGAAAAUUCUCUGUUUCCCUCACACUUUCUUGUCAUCAUCAUCAACGAUCUUCAUUCAUUCACAGAGAGAGAGGGAGAAAUUGAACCGAAUCGAAAGCUUUACAUUAAUCGGCAGUGAAGAGCGAUUGAAAAGGGCGAGGAAAUGGCGAGAAGAGCGGAAGAGGAGUACGAUUACUUGUUCAAAGUAGUAUUAAUAGGCGAUUCAGGAGUCGGCAAAUCGAACUUGCUUUCUCGAUUCACUAGAAAUGAGUUCCUUUUAGAGUCCAAAUCUACUAUCGGCGUUGAAUUCGCUACUCGUACUCUCCAGGUUGAGGGAAGGACCAUCAAGGCUCAGAUCUGGGACACAGCAGGACAGGAGAGAUACAGAGCCAUUACAAGUGCUUACUAUAGGGGUGCUCUUGGGGCUCUUCUUGUAUACGAUGUGACAAAACCCACGACCUUCGAGAAUGUUAGCCGGUGGUUGAAGGAACUGAGGGACCAUGCAGAUUCGAACAUUGUGAUUAUGCUCAUUGGGAACAAAACUGAUCUGAAGCAUCUCCGAGCAGUUGCUACCGAGGAUGCUGAAAGCUUUGCUGAAAAAGAGGGCCUUUCUUUCAUUGAAACAUCUGCAUUGGAGGCAACAAAUGUAGAGAAGUCUUUCCAGAUAAUCCUUUCAGAAAUCUAUCGGAUAAUCAGUAAGAAGUCACUUUCUUCGGAGGAGUCAACAACUGCUAGCAUCAAAGAAGGGAAGACUCUUGUUGUUGGGGCAGAUGAGCCUGCCCCCAAGAAGGCAUGUUGCUCUGCAUAAUUAGAUAUUUAAGCUUCUCGGUUUUUACUUUUUGUUAGUUUUAAUUGUUACUGUUUCUUGCUCCUUUUUAUUUCCUUCUAUAUUUUUGGUCAAAUGCAAUACCCAUUAUCAUCAUUAGGGACGUAUAUGUACAAACAUGUUAAAAUCUUGUUACAUUAUGGCUCUUUUAAGAAUUAGACCAAUUAUUUCAAACGACAGCAAUUUAUUCUUGUUGUCAUUGUA